AGUUUCUCGGGGAACGUUUUGAGUGUUACACACACACAUGUCCCACUCCCCACGUGAAUAGGAACAUGGCUGCUGAAGAAGACGUGUUGGGUCUACUGGGGGAAUGUAUAAACAAACUAAACGAUGACACAGCACACCCAGAUAAGUUUCUAAGUAUUCAAGAUGGUGUGGCAGCAGACUUCACGUCGCUGGCCAAGAUCCUGUAUGAUCUCAACAAGACAAACGAAACUGCCGACUGUAAAGGCAGCCCGCUUGUCGAGCUGGUGGUUGACAGCUUCGACGAGGAGCAGAUCUGGCAGGAGCUGGAGCUCCAGAACACCAUUGUGUUAUCGCACUUUGAGAUAAAAAUUCACAAAGCUGCUGAAGAUGAAAUGUUUACUCUUAUCGAAGAGAUAGAGGAGGCUGCAGGAGAUCUAAAGGAAGUUGCAGAGGAGUUGGAGGAGGAUGAAGGUGAGGUGGAGGAAGCAGAAGAGAUAGCUGCGAAGAGGCCACGACGGAAAACUGUGAAGCACCAAGACUCAGACUUGGAGGAGGACUCAGACUUUGAUUUCAACACGGAUGAAUUUGAGAAGCGGGAGCAGAAUAAGAAACUGGCACUGGUAGCAAGGAAAAGAUUUCCUCAACAGUUGUCCGAGGUAGACGACAGGUUCUUCAAGUUGUCGGAGAUGGAGUCCUUCCUUGACGACAUGGACAAAAAAGAGGGCAAGGAGAUAGAGGAUGGCAUAGACUAUUUCCAAGACUUUGCUUCUGACAACGAAGGAGAAACUUUCAACUUUGAGGAACCAAUCUCUGCAAAGAAACAAACCAAAAAAAGUUCUCUAAAGAGCUCCAGGAACCUCAAGUAUAAAGACUUCUUUGAUCCUGUGGAUGGAGAGGCACCUGCCACAGGAGGUCACCACGUCGACAGCAUGGAUGAGCUGCAGGAGGACAAUAACGAUUACAAUCAAGAAGAGGAGUCAGAUGAGGAAGAGAAUGACUCUGAGGAUCCAGAGGCGAGCCAGUCCCCACAGGGUCAUAAAAAAGUGACCUUUAAUCUUUCUGAGGAAGAGCAGAGCGAGGGAGAAGACAUCGUCGACAUCAUUGGUGGGAAGUCAAGCUUGGAAAAAGAGGAACCUAAGUCUUCGUUUGAGAAACGUCAGCAAAAGAUGACUGAGAAGAUCCGUGAGUUGGAGAAGGUGGCAUUGUCAGAGAAACCAUGGCAGCUGGCAGGCGAGGCCACGGCUCAGACCCGCCCUGAGAACAGCAUCCUGACAGAAAAUGUAGACUUCGACCAAACUUCCAGGAGGGCUCCUGCUAUCACAGAGGAGACCACACUGAAGCUGGAGGAUAUCAUCAAACAGAGGAUAAAAGAUCAGGUGUUUGACGAUGUUGUGAGGAAGGAGAAGCCGAAGGAGGAGGCGUUCCGAUACAAGAAGAGGUUGACUCUUGACCAUGAGAAGAGCAAGCUGAGCCUGGCACAGAUCUAUGAACAAGAGUUCAUCAAGCAGACACAGAAAAGUACCGUGGUGGAGGAGAACCCAGCCAAUGUUGAAAUUAAAAAGAUGAUGGACACGCUCUUCCUGAAACUUGACGCCCUCUCCAACUUCCACUUCACUCCUAAACCUGCUGUUCCAGAGAUCAAGGUGGUGUCCAACCUCCCCUCCAUCGCCAUGGAGGAGGUAGCUCCCGUUGGUGUUAGCGACGCUACACUCCUUGCCCCAGAGGAAGUCAAAGAGAAGAACAAAGCAGGAGAUGUGCUGGGAGACUUGGAGAAGACGACGACUGACAAGAAACGGCAGAGACGUAAGAUGAAGAAGGUGAAGCAUGUGAGGAUCAAGGAGAAGGAGAGACGACAGAAACUGAAAGACGACAGCGGCAUUGAGGGGAACAAGAAGAUGUCCAAGACCCAGGUGGCCGACAAGCUUAAGAAGAUCACCAUGGGUGGGAAAGCAACCAUACUCAAGGAUGAGGGGAAGGACAAGGCGUUGCGAUCCUCCCAGGCUUUCUUCUCGCAGUUGCAGGACCAGGUAAAGAGUCAGAUCAAAGACUCCAAAGGACAGGCAGCCAAGAAGAAGAAGCAGAAACUGUCUGCCAGCAAACUGAAGUUGUGAACAGAGCAGAUGGAUAGCAUAUCUCUGUAUAGAUUUUUUUAACGGAAAUCUUUUACCUUGUCGGUGCUUGUUUAUGGGUUCUUAAGAAUAAUUAAAUGCUUUGUUUUAUUCUUCGGUUUAAAGUUCUUUAUUAAAUUGACAAGAUAUUGGAUAUUCAGAUACUCACGCUCUGCAUUCCAGCGAUGACGCGAUCGUAUGUCCGUUCCUUCUAGCGGGCGCCGGGGAGACGGUCAGGCAGUGGCACUCCACUCUAUAAUAAAGCCGUUGUUUGGUCAAUGUUUCUACAUAAUGAAAGUUCCCACAAUUACUUCCUACUUACCGUAACAAUUGCCUUACAACAAUGCAAUUAAACGGGCAACAUCUGCGUUUCAAAAUAUUCCCAAUGGGUUAGAUCGCCCUUUCGAAUUGUUGUACAACAGUAAUGGCGUGUUCGAGGUGCCUCGUACACCACCCACACGAGUUGCAAAGUGGAAAGUCUCCCAGCUUUCUUGCGUCAUUUCACUGAGGCACACUUUGGUCGGUCCCACUAGGGAUUCUGAGAGUACCGAGUUCAUUGAGGUGGACCAUAUGACUCGAUAAGCAAAAAUGGCUCCGUAAAGAGAUGUAUUUUCUUUGUAUUUGUACCACGUUGGUAAUUUUAAUGUAUAUUUUAAAAGCUUUUACACACCUGAUUACAUUGCUGUUUUAAUCCGGUCAACAAUUUAUUAGGGCUGGGCAAUUAAUCAAAUUUUGUUCGCGAUUUUUCCGUCAAACGACCACAAAACUAAUAUAAUCGAGCUUUCGAUUAUUUUAUUUUUUUACAGAAAGUGAUUUUUAACAUUUUCUUUUUGACCAUUUUGUGUAUCCCUUUAUGGACCCUCCUUGAGUCCACCGCAAGGUCCUGACUUGUGCCUCCCAAAAUAGCCUGCGUGGUCAAUUAAAAAAAUAAAUGUAGGCCUACUAGAAGGAUUUCGAGCAAUGUUUUAUUCGCAAAAACUGCAAUAUUUUUUAGAACGUUAUCAUGCAUCUGCGCAUGAAAUGGAAAAUUCGUCUUUGCGAAUAAAACAUUGCUCGAAAUCCUUCUAGUAGGCCUAAACAUUUAUUUAACCAUUUGUGAACAUAGCAUAGCCUACCCUGAUUAAAAAAUAUAUAUAGAAACAGUGGAGGAGAAUGAGGCAAUCAUAUCCAUAAUUACAUCCGUCCAGACGUUCAAAUUAGGCUAUUGAUUUUCUGUUUACAAAGGUGUCGGACUUGUUGAUUCAAUUAUGAAAAAUAGACAUUUUAAAAUAUAAUAUACAUUUUGAAAGUUUUUUUUUAGCUUAUUAUAUAAUAUUGUUUAUGCUGAGACUGCUUUGCUUUUUGUGCGGGCUUUGCGCAACAUCAAGGUAAAGAUGCGGCGGUUGUAAAGAGUCUAUAGACCGCUUAUUAAGUUCACUCGUUGCUCAUAAUGGUUUAUUCGUUUCCCAGUAUAAUUUCCUUAAUUUAGAAUAGUUUUGUUCAUUUUUGAAUUGUAAAAUAAAUACAAUAAUUUUUUGAAGUUGCGAGUUUUUGAAAUUAUUGGAAGCGAGUCGAGCUGACCCAGCCUGCUGUACGUAUAUGUACCGUGGGCUACUGUAUAUUUGUGAAGCAAAACACUGCCAAUGUGGCAAUUCCAUGCGCAACGGGGAUUUCUAAAAGUUACUGUAGCGUACACUAAUAGCGUCUAGUCGCACCAGUGUACAUAGUUAAAUAUGAAGGUGAAAUGCUGGGUGAGACUAGGCAUAUCGUUAGGCCAUAGGAGGGUUCACUUGCAGCAUUAGGCCAUAGUGAUUACAAUGUUACCAUGGACGUAACAAUUGCAAUUUUAAUUCGGCAAUUACAAGUGUCAUAGUUAGUGCCAUAUGCCCAUUAUCUGCUUAUCUACGUCUACUAGUGAGUAGACGUGUAUGGGGUAAGGACAAUUGUGAUGCAGAAUUAAUUGCUGCUGUUAAGUCCACAGGCCUACAGUAUCCUCCAGGAGGAGCGGUGAUAUCAUUAGUCUUGAGGAACUCUUGGCGAAGCCCAGGAACUGUUGCAGUCUCUUGCGGGUAGGGGGAGAGGGCCACUCGGCCACCGCAGAGACCUUGGAUGGAUCCAUCUCUACCUGGCCAGGGAUAAUUAUGUAGCCCAGGAAGGAUGGACGGGACGUGGAACUCACACUUCUCCGCCUUGACAUACAGUCGGUUCUCGAGCAACCGUUGCAGGACCUGUCCGACGUGAACCCUGUGCUCCUCCACGAACCUCGAAGAUCAGGAUCUCGUCAAUAUAGAUGGAGCGGUUCAACAUGCCCCCCGGAGGACAUCAUUAACCAGGGAAUGGAAGACA